CACGUAACUACAGAACAGUAUACGUCGUAGAUCCAGCGCGUGCGUGUCCUCCUUUUGCAUUGAGGAUGGGUGAAACCGAGCCAGUGCGCCUUUAACGAGCUUGUCACGCUUUUUUAGUCAGAUUUGAAUAGGUACCGGUGCAGAUCUGCGGAUAGAUAUGCGGAUCCCUUAACUACUGUUGUCGUCUGCGCCAAUAGACCGUAAACAUGUGAUCGGUGAAGGCUGUAGCGAUGUCUGGAGGUGCUCGUUGUGCUUUUUCCGACGGGGAAAUUUGAUUUUGGUUUAUUUUGGACUCAGAAGAGAUGCAUCUGUUUCGGAGUUAUCAUUAUCAAGUGUUCCCGGACCGCCACGCAGGAGAGAAGCAGUGCAUACGAGGCAUCAGCUGGACUCCAUUGCCCGAAGCCCUGGAUUCAAAAGACACAAUGAAACAGUUUCUUUCAGACCGCGUGGUGAAAGCAGCGAGGUCUGUGUACUGUAUGAUCCUGGAAAAGAGCCGGAGCCUCAUCAGAGACAGAAAGUAUCAUCUGAAAACAUACAGACAGUGUUGUUCAGGAAAGGAGCUUGUUGAUUGGCUGAUGAGGGAGAAUGAGGGGAUCCAGUCCAGGAGUCAGGCUGUGGGCAUGUGGCAGGUGCUGGUGGACGAGGGAAUCCUGGCACAUGUGAAGCAGGAGCUGAACUUCCUGGACAAAGACACACAGUUCUACCGUUUCCAGGACUCAGAUUUUGGUCUGAACCACGUCACAAACGAUAAAGUUGCAGAGGAGGACCUGCAGGAGGCGCUGUCUCUGCUCUCACAGCUGGGCCCUGACGCUUUGCUCACUAUGAUUCUCCGCAAAAGCCCGAGCCAGAGAAGUGCAGAGGACCUGGAGGUGAUUUAUGAGGAGCUACUACACGUCAAGGCUGCAGCUCAUCUCUCCACCUCAGUGCGUAAGGAGCUGGCUGCAGUGCUGGUCUUCGAGUCUCAUGCCAAAUCCGGAACAGUUUUGUUCAGCCAGGGAGACAAGGGCACGUCCUGGUACAUCAUCUGGAAGGGCUCUGUCAACGUCAUAACACAUGGAAAAGGUGUGGUGACUACAUUACAUGAAGGAGAGGACUUUGGGCAACUGGCCUUGCUAAAUGAUGCUCCUCGAGCUGCCACCAUCAUCCUCAGAGAAGACAACUGUCACUUCCUCCGGGUGGACAAGCAUGACUUUAUACGCAUCCUCAAGGAUGUGGAGGCAAACACAGUGCGUCUGGAGGAGCAUGGGAAAACUGUUCUGGUCCUGGAGAAGAGCGCAGAGUCCACUGAGCCUGGAGCCGGGGCCAACAGCAAGUACACUGUGAUGUCCGGAACUCCUGAGAAAAUCCUGGAACACCUUUUGGAAACUCUAAAGUUGGACUCUUCAUAUGAUGCUAUAGAUCCAUGUGUGAGUGACUUUCUGCUCACUCAUAAGGUCUUCAUGCCCUCCAGUCAGCUGUGUCCUGCUCUACAGCACCAUUACCAAACUGGGCUCUCAGAAGGCUCAGAGCAAGAGAAAGCUGCCUAUGUCCUUCUCAAGAAGCAGAAGAUAGUGAAGCUGGUUGGCCAGUGGGUGGCGCUGUACGGACUGAUGCUCAAAGAGGACCCCAUUGCUCUGGACUUUCUGGAGGGUCUAAGAAAGGAGGUAGCUGCUGACUAUCGCCUAUCCAGUAUUCUAAAGGAAUUCCGAGAGAAAAGGAGGACCAAAAUAUUGGAAAAUGGCUACCAGUCUCUUGGCAGGCAGAACCACCAAUUUGACUGGUUUUCAAACUGUGAGGAGCCCAAUGGAAGGUUACAGGCAAUCAAAGCAAAGGAUAAAGUGUUGUACGAGAUCUACCAGCCGGACCACAAAGCUCUGACUGUGAUGCUCUCAGUGAGUUCCUCUGUGCAGGAAGUGAUGUCAGCUGUGAAAAAACCUGACUCUGAUCAUGUUCUGGUCAAAAUGAACUCUGCUGGAGAGAGAGCCCAGCUGAAGCUCGACUCCACUGCAGUGUUCACCGCCUUGGGGCUGAAUGAGAGACUGUUCAUUUGUACGAGCAGUCAGGUGGAACAGCUGCGCCCCCUAAAGGAGCAGCUGGGGCCAGAGCAAGGCACAGCAGACGCACUGGAGCAGAUGAGCUCCAAAGACAUCGCCAAUGAACUCAUCAGUUAUGAUUGGGAGCUGUUCACUGCCAUGCACGAGGUGGAGCUGGUUUACUACGUCUUUGGGCGACAUAAAUUCAAUGGGUCCAUCACGGCGAACCUGGAGCGGUGUGUGCGGCGCUUUAAUGAGGUCCAGUACUGGGUGGUGACGGAGCUGUGCCUGUGUGAAGACCUGGUCAAAAGAGCCAUUUUACUCAAGAAGUUCAUCAAAAUAGCAGCUGUGUUAAAAGAGCAGAGGAAUCUGAACUCAUUUUUUGCUGUUAUGUUUGGUUUGAACAACAGUGCGGUGCAAAGGCUUCACAAAACCUGGGAGCGAAUACCCAGCAAAAUAAAAAGAGUUUACUGCCACUAUGAAAGAUUAAUGAACCCAUCUCGUAACCACAGAGCGUACAGACUCGCCGUGGCUAAACUCAGUCCUCCUUACAUCCCUUUUAUGCCUCUGCUCCUUAAAGAUAUGACAUUUAUCCAUGAAGGGAAUCCUAACUGCAUCGACAAGCUGGUGAACUUUGAGAAAAUGCGCAUGAUUGCCAAGACGAUGAAGAUAGUCCGAGGAUGCAGGAGUCAGCCUUAUGUGCCUUCAUCUCCACAGAGAGGUCUAGCAGAUCGAAUGUUUCUAGAUGGGCCUGCCAAUCGGAUAUCUACGUACUCAGAACUUGCCCACCCUCUGAGGACGCCUAGUAACAUCAGACACUACGUCCUGAACCUGAAGGUGAUUGACAACCAGCGCAGACUCACCCAGCUGUCCAGGACCCUCGAGAGCUAGAGGACUCUCACAUGAGGACUUUUACACAAGAGACUCUCUUUUAAUAUGGAUGUAUUCAGACUGAAGCAGAUCACCACUGCACAUGUGGACAGCAGACACACACAGCAGGAGGGCUGUGUCACACCCGCUGUGAACUUACUUUACUUAUACAUUUGAGUAUAAAUCUACAGUGUGUUGUUCUAUAGAGCAAAAAGUAAUAUGUAGAUAAGUUACUGACUUGAAUCUGAGUAGCUCUCAGUUACUGCUGGAUUUACAAAGACAGUGCAUCUUUUUUUGACUGGCUAUUUCUUUGCAUGACAAGUCAAAGCUACUAAAAUUAAAAUGAAAUACUCAAAAUUCAAGAAAAACAUACCUGUAUAUUACAUUUUGCUGAUGAUGAAUGAAACAUCAUACAGCUUCAUUACAUUUUUGUACCUAUGUAUAUUAUGUAUAUACUAGUAUUUUAUCAGCACUUUGGCUAUAAAAACCACUAAGUGGCAUGCUUGUAAUUUGAUAUGAAUUUUAUAAAUAAAUUAUUUUCACUGACUGAUAAGUAAAGCAAAGACAACUUUUAAAAAUGGAAA